GAGGCUGUGGUCGGAGCUGGGCUUCAGUUUCGUUUCUGGACCUGGUUUGUGAGGAAUAAGGCGGUUUGAUGCCGUGCACUGACAUUUAACUGCGCUCUGCGCCACUUUACAUCCGCAUUACACUCUCAGCUCACUGCUGGGGCGGCUGGGUUCUGCUGAUCAACAUGCGCCCGACUCGCUCUGAGAUCCGGACUGUCGGUCUGGACUUUAUAGAGUUUUUACACGAGAGCCAGAGAUUCAGUAUCACUCAGAGAGAUGAGCUUCAGAGCAUCUACAACACCGAGUUCAGGAGCAGACAUGGUGAGAAAGAUCCCAAUUUCUCUUCAGUGCUUUAUGCCCUCAGGAUGAGCCACAGAGCACGCGUCACCCGGACCCGGCAUGUUUACUUUAAUGCUAAUGUACGAGUGUUAACGGACCAGUGGUGGAGACCUAGAGACAGGCAGCCAAGUGCCAGCGCUGCCAUUCUGAGCAUCUCAAGACCUCAACCAUCUCAUGAUGCUCCGGAAGCAUCCUCUUCACCUCCUGGACCUGAGGGUGGUGUUAGAGCCAGAAGGAAACUGGCUCAGGAGAUCCUCAAGAAGCUCACUAAUGACAGAUUAGAGUUUGUAGCUGAUAAGAAUGGAGUUCAGAUCAGCUCUGAGAUGGAGAUGGUGGAUGGGAGAAUGUGCUUGCGUGUUGACAGUGAAAUGGUUUAUGAAUGGACGGUGUUUAUUGAAAACACAGGGCAGCACGUCGUGGAUUUCACCUACUACUCACCACUGCACUGGAUACACUGCUUUGUGUUUGAGGAUUCCAGGAAAGUCACACGCAACAAUCCCCUGAGACUAUAUCCAGGUGAAAAGUACGAGGUCAUGGUGAAGUUCCAUUCGAAACAUGUGGGUAUAUACCAGGUUACAGUGGCCUUCGAAUUCAAGCUGAGCAAGGAGCCAAGCCCCAGGCCAUUCCACAUCAUACGCGAUAUUGAAGCUGAGUUCAGCACACAGCUAGCGAGAGAGCUGGGACCCGUCAAACCCUACACACCCUUCAGACUAAGCAGAGACCAAAGUGCUAAUUUUACUGUAGAUGAGGGAGAGCAACCUGACAACCUGGCCAUACAGAAUCUUCAAUAUGAGGUCCCAUUGCCGCUGUAUAAAUGCCCAGACUAUGUCAAUGACCUGAUCGACUUUCUGAAAGCCCCACAUUCUCACAAGGGCUGUCUAUUGCAAAAGAAGUCUCUACUGGAGUCACCCCUGGGUUUUCACAACUAUAAAGAUCGCUUCCAGGUUCUACUUUACCUGGAAGAACGUCAAAUGGAGGUGGACAUCAAGAGAUAUGACAAGCAUGAUGUCACCAUGACGAUGGACAGCCGCAACAAGAAACUGUUGGUGCUUGAGGUUCCAGGUGUUUCUGAAAACCGUCCAUCGGUGUUAAGAGGAGAUCAUUUGCUGCUGACUAAGAAUGAGGAUUUGAACUCAGAGUAUGUCACCAAAUACAAAGGCUAUGUGCAUCGUGUGGAGCUCGACCAGCUCAAACUGGGUUUCUCAAAGAGGUUCUUGGACACUUUCAUAAACAAGAUGAAGUUUCAAGUGGAGUUCACAAUUAACCGGUUCCCACUGAAACUCCAGCAUCGUGCUGUGCAUCUGGCUGUCGAACACAAGCUUGAAGAGGUGCUGUUCCCUACAGGAUCAAAUGUCCCAACCUCACAGCCACAACUUCCACUGAAGCUGUUUGACUCCAAGUUAGAGAAGAACCAUGAGCAAUACACUGCAGUGUGCAAUAUUGUAGCUGGAGUGUCUAAGCCAGCACCGUACCUGGUGUUUGGACCUCCUGGCACAGGAAAAACAGUUACUAUGGUAGAAGCCAUUAAACAGGUGGAGAAGCGUUUGCCAGACGUCCAUAUCCUGGCAUGUGCUCCUUCUAACAGUGCUGCAGAUCAGCUGUGUGAGAAAUUGCUGCCACACGUUGACACUCACAAAGUGUACCGGAUGUACGCCAGCAGCCGCAACCCCAACCAAGUGCCCCCCAGUCUACUGGACGCUUGUAAUCUUAAAGGUGAUGCGUUUGAGUUUCCACGUAAAGAAGAGUUGAUGGAAUAUCGGAUUGUGGUCACCACUGUGGUUACAGCUGGCAGGCUGGUCAGUGGUGGGUUACCUGCUGGUCAUUUCACUCAUAUCUUUGUGGAUGAAGCUGGCCAUGCAGUGGAGUGUGAGACCAUUAUUGCUAUAGCUGGUUUGCUGCGUGCAGAGACAGGGCAGCUGGUGCUGGCCGGAGAUCCGAAGCAGCUUGGACCGAUUCUAAGGUCUCCAUAUGCUAUCAAAUAUGGCCUGGGUCUGUCUCUUCUGGAGAGGCUGAUGACUCAAAAUCCACUCUAUAAGAAAACAGAUACUGGAUUCAAUAGUAACUAUGUCACCAAACUACUGUGCAACUACAGGUCUCACAAGGCAAUCCUGAAAACUCCUAAUGAGAUGUUUUAUGACGGAGAGCUGAAGCCAUGUGCAGAUGAAUUCAGUACCAACUUCUACUGCAACUGGGAACACCUGCCCAAAACGGAUUUCCCUCUGAUUUUUCAUGGUGUGCUCGGAAAGGAUGAGCGUGAAUUAAACAGUCCAUCUUUCUUCAACACCAAUGAGAUCGCCAUUGUUGUUGACUACCUGAAGAAACUGCUGCUGACGCAGGGCAAGAAAGGCAUUGCCAAGAUCUCACCCAAAGACAUCGGCAUCAUUACCCCCUACAGGAAACAGGUGGAAAAACUGCAGCAGGCCAUCAGACAACGUGAUAAAGACCUGAAAAGCUUCAAGGACAUUGAACAUCUGAAGGUGGGCUCAGUGGAGGAGUUUCAAGGUCAAGAGAGGAGGGUGAUCAUUGUAUCGACUGUCCGCAGCACUGAUAAAUACCUCCAAUUAGACUCCUUUUUCAACAUUGGGUUCCUUAAAAACGAAAAGAGGUUCAAUGUUGCUGUGACACGAGCCAGGUCUCUGCUCAUUGUUGUGGGAAACCCUGUAAUUCUCAGUAACGAUGCAACCUGGUGCAGGUUUAUUGAUUACUGCACUGAAGAGGGAGGCUGUGCUGGUUUUAAACACAUCUCUGUAGAGGGCACAGAGGAAGUGGUGGCUCGGCUCACAGCCCUCAACAUCCAUACAGUGGCUGAAGUGGAAACUGAGGAGAGUGCAAUCCAGCAGUAUGUAAACCCUGAGUGGAGGAAUGAAUUGUAACCCCGAGAAUCAAAUCUCUCUCUCUACAGAGUUUAUAUUUUUGUAAGAUGCUGUGCCUCCUUUGGCCUCCAGAACAUCAUAGAUUGUUUUCAAUACUCAAGUCUUACUCGCAACAGCUGUUGCAUUAUUUUCUAUUUCUCUAGGUUUAUUCAUUUUAAGAUCAGUUCAAUUUAACACAAUUUCUCUGUCUUUGUUCACUCAUGAAUUACACACAUCUGUUCCUUAAAAUCAUGAUGUUCUAAUGAUCUUGCUCAUAUUUUCCUCCCUGUUUAGUCUUGGGCAUUAUCCACAGUGGUGCUUGAAAAAGUUUGUGAACCCUUUAGAAUUUUCUAUAUUUCUGCAUAAAUAGGACCCAAAACAUCAUCAGUCCAGUGUGCAGGACUGAUCGACAGUUACCGGAAACGUUUAGUUGCAGUUAUUGCUGUUACUGGGGUUACCCCAGAUACUGAAAGCAAAGGUUCACAUACUUUUGCCACUCACAGAUGUGUAAUAUUGGAUCCUUUUCCUCAAUAAAUAAAUGACCAAGUAUAAUAUUUGUCUUAUUUGUUUAACUGGGUUCUCUUUAUCUACUUUUAGGACUUGUGUGAAAAUCUGAUGAUGGUUUGGGUCAUAUUUAUGCAGAAAUAUAGAAAAUUCUAAAGGGUUCACAAACUUUCAAGCACCACUGUAUAUGGUCUUCUUGAACACAUAUAAAUCACUAUAAAAUCAUGCUGUAGCCAGUUUCUGUUGAGACUAUAGAACACCCAGAUAGUUUUUGUAUGCACCAAGUUUUUUACUGGAACCUGGCUGUUCUGAUGAAACGGCAGUAUUUUUGAUGGUUGUCCAGAAAGAAAGGUUGUCCUCUCCAGCUCUUUCGAAAGAGGUCAGAUUUGGGGACAGUGCAAGCCAUUAUUCAUUUCAAUUCAGUCUUAUUUAGAUAGCGCUUUUAACCAUGGACAUCGUCACAAAGCAGACUUACAGAAAACUAAAGGCCUAAAGCAAUGGAAAAUUUGCUGGUUUAUUCCUGAAAGCGUUCAGCAUCGAUAUAAACCUUAUAUAUGUGUGGAUAAAACAGUAGUCAACAGGUGUGCUCUUAUCAGGGACGGCAGGACGAUAGGAAAGAGCAGGACUUGUGCAUGCUAUCAUAAUGCAUUUAUAUUCACCAAGGUCACUUGAUUCAAUCAUUCCAGAACUCCGAUAAAAUCACUAACUGAUACUUGAAUUACUAAUUUUUACACACACACACACACACACGAAGGUAUCGCUAAUAAUCUCCCAACUUGGUGUAAAGAAAAAGCACAUCGUCAUUCUUUUUUAACUGAUGUCCCAAAUAAAGUUUGUGUGAGAAAGA